AUGUCAAUCAAUUUCUAUCUAUCUAUCUAUCUAUCUAUCUAUCUAUCUAUCUAUCUAUCUAUCUAUCUAUCUGUGUGUGUGUUCAGUGCAUUUGAAGAACCGAAGGCCUUUCCUGCUUCCCCAGCGUGCAACAUCGGCGCCUCUUUUACCUCUGGGCCUUUCUUCGAUUCGUCACAAUCUCUCCAGGCGUUUCCAAGAAGCACUGAUAAUAUUUACAUAUUCGCUCGACCCCGGUGGAUUAUUAUUCGAAAUAUUAAUAAUAAAUUUUUACUUCUUCUCUUUGUCUCUUUCUAUUCUUCCAACUUUUCUUCUUUCUUUUUUUCUUUCUUUCCUUCAAUUCCUUCGUUCUGUGCCUUCGGUUUUGGCAUCAGCUUCACUACUCUUCUUUCUCCGAGGAUCGCCAUUUUCUUUCUGCCACGACCACGUCUAUUCAUCAUAUCUAUCUAUCUAUCUAUCUAUCUAUCUAUCUAUCUAUCUAUCGUAUUUUUCUUUCCUUUUUUCUUUCCGCAGCCAUUUUUUUCUUUUCAUCUUUCCUUCUUUUUUAUAUUUCUUUUCAUCUUUUCUUCUUUUUUAUAUUUCUUUUCAUCUUUCCUUCUUUUUUAUAUUUCUUUUUCAUCUUUCCUUCUUUUUAUAUUUCUUUUCAUCUUUUCUUCUUUUUUUAUAUUUCUUUUUCAUCUUUCCUUCUUUUUAUAUUUCUUUUCAUCUUUUCUUCUUUUUUUAUAUUUCUUUUUCAUCUUUUCUUUUUUAUAUUUCUUUUCAUCUUUUUAUAUUUCUUUUCAUCUUUCCUUUUUUAUAUUUCUUUUCAUCUUUCCUUCUUUUUUAUAUUUCUUUCAUCUUUCCUUCUUUUUAUAUUUCUUUUCAUCUUUUCUUCUUUUUUUAUUUCUUUUUCAUCUUUUCUUUUUUUAUAUUUCUUUUCAUCUUUUCUUCUUUUUUAUAUAUUUCUUUUCAUCUUUCCUUCUUUUUUUUUCAUUUCUUUUCAUCUUUUCUUCUUUUUAUAUUUCUUUUCAUCUUUUCUUCUUUUUUAUAUUUCUUUUCAUCUUUCCUUCUUUUUUAUAUUUCUUUUCAUCUUUUCUUCUUUUUUAUAUUUCUUUUCAUCUUUCCUUCUUUUUUAUAUUUCUUUUCAUCUUUUCUUCUUUUUUAUAUUUCUUUUCAUCUUUUCUUUUUUAUAUUUCUUUUCAUCUUUUCUUCUUUUUUAUAUUUCUUUUCAUCUUUUUUAUAUUUCUUUUCAUCUUUCCUUUUUUAUAUUUCUUUUCAUCUUUCCUUCUUUUUUAUAUUUCUUUUCAUCUUUUCUUCUUUUUUAUAUUUCUUUUCAUCUUUUUUAUUUCUUUUUUAUAUUUCUUUUCAUCUUUUCUUCUUUUUUAUAUUUCUUUUCAUCUUUCCUUCUUUUUUAUAUUUCUUUUCAUCUUUUCUUCUUUUUUAUAUUUCUUUUCAUCUUUUCUUCUUUCUUUCUCCUUUUCAUAUUUCCCCCUUUCUGCUCAUCCUCCACUCUUUCGUUCUUUUCAUAUUUCUUUCUCUUUUUUCGUCCAUUCUUUCUGUUCCUCUUUCUUUUACUUUCGCUCUUUUUAUUGCUUUUGUUUCAUUUUUCUUUCGGUCUUUUCUGUUUUCGUUUUCAUUUUCUUUUUUUUAUCUCCAUGUUCCUUUUUUUUUCGUUCCCUUUAUCCUUCAUUCAUUUAUUUUUUCUUUCUUUUCAUCUUUAAUUUAUUUUUAAACUUUCACUUCGUUUCUCUCUUUCAUCUUCGUUUCAUUCAUUCUUUUCAUCUUUUAUCAUUCCUUUAUUCGCUUUUCAUUUUUUUCUUCACUUUUUCAUACUUGUUUUAUAAAAUACUUUUCAGUUUUCUUUCUUUAAAGUUUAUAUUUCACUUAUCUUAUCAUCUUUCUUUCUUUUUAUUUUUCCAACUUUCUUUCAUUUCAUCAUUCAUUGAUUUUUUUUUUCUAUCAAUCAUUUAUUCUGUUUGUCAUUCUUUAUUUUCAUAUUUUUCAUCUUUCUUUUCUUUUUAUCUUUCUCUUUAUCAUUCACUCCAUCGACCUUGCCUUUCAUGUUUUUUUUUCAUUCCUUCGUUUGCCUUUCUUUCAUCAUUCUUUCUGUUUCCCGCUUUUCUUUGUAUAUUUUCCUUUUUUUCUUCUAUUUUUCUUUUCAUCUUUCCUUUUUUAUUUUAUUUUAUUGUUUUUUCACUUAAUUCUUUCUUUCUUUUCAUCUUUCAGUUUUCCAUUCAUUCCGUUCAUCUUUCUUUCUUUCUGCGCUACCACAUUAAUCUAAUCCUCCAUGUUGUCUAUAAUUAUUUUAAUUCUGUCAGUAUUACUCUUCCUUUCUCUCCAUUUACUCACUCUUUCUUUCUUUCUUUCUUUCUUUCUUUCUUUCUUUCUUUCCUUCCUUCCUUCCUUCCAUCUUAUCAUCUGCAACUCAGGUCUAUUUCUAUUUUUUUCCUCUAUCUUUUCCUCCCUUUCUUAUUGUUUUUUUUUCUGCUCUCUCUUGCAUUUACUUUCAAGAGCCGCCCUCUUUGUCUCUCUAUCUUUUUCAAAUUCAAACUGCUGUUUCUUUCUUUCAUUAUCUUUCGAAUUUUCAAGUGUCGCCACUCUUUCUCUCUUUAUACCAUGCGCCCUCUUUUCUUUUCAAGCGCGUCUUUCUUUCUUUCUUUCUUAAAUUCCUCCUCUCUUUAUCUUAAAUGUUCUCUCUUAUUUUCAACCGCCCAAUCUAUUUGUCUUUCUUUCUCCUUCCUUUACAUGCGCCUUCUCUCUCUAAUUUUUAAGUGUCUUCAAUCUUUUUUUUUCAGGCUUUCUCGUCCUCUUUUUCAAGCUCUUUCUCUCUAUACCUUUCUCAGCAUAUUCUCUUUUUUCUUUUCUUUCUUUCUUUUUCAUAACGCCUCCUCUUUUGACAUUCUUCUUUCUUGA